CAUCUCACUCGCAGACUUGGUACGUUUUGCUUCAAGGGAUCCGCGACGAGAAGCUCCAAUUCGUGCAGAAAAAGCAUUGCACAGCCACCUGAGACCGGCGCCGCAAGAUGACCCCCGCCCUGCGCCAUGUCACCAAGAUCUCCAGCCUCUCCCCCAAGGAGAUCAAGGGCGUCCUCAAGCUUGCCCUCGAGAUGAAGGCCCGGCCGGCGGACUACUGGGACGCGCUCAAGCGGCGGACGCUGCUCAUGUUCUUCGAGAAGCCUUCGCUGCGCACGCGCGUCUCGCUCGAGGCGGGCGCGACUCCGUGUGGAAAUCAAAACUCGGACGCCCCACGCCAUCGACGUGCUCGAUUCACACAGGCAUGACGUCGCUGGGCGGGCACGGCAUCGCGUACAUGACCGGCGACUCGCCGGUGGGCGAGAAGGAGUCCUACGAAGACACGGGCGCGGUCCUCUCCCGGAUGUGCGACGCCGUUACGGCGCGCGUCAAGUCGCGGGAGCAGGUCACGGGCCUCGCGGAGAACUCGACGAUCCCGAUCAUCAACGCGCUUGAUGAUUAUGCGCACCCGAUGCAGAUGCUCGCGGACCUACAGACGAUCGUCGAGCACAAGUGCGAUGGAGACGUCGAAGGAUUGACGGGCAAGUCUCUGGCGUUUGUGGGCGACUGCCAGAACAACGUGACCUACGAUUUGAUGCGGUCCGGCGCGCUGAUGGGCCUGGACGUGCGCAUCGCGGGCCCGACGGGCUUCGAGUGGGAGAUCGAGCCUUCGGUGCUCGAGGAAUGCGCGGCUCUGACGAAGGAGCACGGCGGCACGGUCACGGUGCUCAAAACGGCGGAAGAGGCCGUAGCUGGCGCGGAUAUCGUGUAUGCGGACUCGUGGAUGUCGUACGGCAUCAAGGGGGCCGAACGGGACCGUAGGAUGAAGGCGCUCAUGCCCUUCCAGGUCACGCCGGAGUUGAUGAGCAAAGCAUCUACCAGUGCGAGCUUCAUGAACUGCCUGCCCGCGGUCCGAGGCGAGGAGCAACUUGCCAGUGUUAUUGAUGGUCCUCAAUCCAUCGUCUUCGACCAGGCGGAAAACAGACUGCACGCGCAGAAGGCGCUGCUCGUGAAGCUGCUCGUCGAGGGGCUCUAGCUAGUUGUCCAUAAUAUAUUAGCCUGAGUCCCGACGUCGAUCUGGCGCCACCCAUACGCCAUCGCCGCGACCCGACACAAACACUCCCAUCGCGUCGCGGCGGCGGCGUCGAAAUCUAGUCUAGAACA